CCAUUCAGCCUUCAGCCUAAGCUCGUCUACCUACCUCUCCUCGCUUAUCAGCGACCGCCUAUUCCGACCCUAUUGUUUGUUGUCUUCUUCUUGAGGCAGCGCAUUCACUCCCGCCAAGAUGAAUCCUGAAUACGAUUAUCUCUUCAAGCUCCUCCUCAUCGGUGAUUCCGGUGUUGGAAAGUCUUGUCUUCUGUUGCGAUUUGCCGACGACACCUACACCGAGUCGUACAUCUCAACCAUCGGUGUUGACUUUAAAAUCCGAACUAUCGAACUCGAUGGCAAGACCGUGAAGCUACAGAUUUGGGAUACUGCUGGACAAGAGCGAUUCCGAACCAUUACAUCGUCCUACUACCGAGGCGCCCACGGUAUCUGCGUUGUCUACGAUGUCACCGACAUGGACAGCUUCAACAACGUCAAGCAGUGGCUACAAGAGAUCGACCGAUACGCUACUGAGGGCGUUAACAAGCUGCUCGUAGGUAACAAGAGCGAUAUGUCGGACAAGAAGGUUGUCGAGUACACCGUUGCCAAGGAAUUCGCUGACAGCCUCGGCAUUCCUUUCCUCGAGACGUCAGCCAAGAACGCUUCCAACGUCGAGCAAGCUUUCUUGACCAUGGCCCGACAGAUCAAGGAGAGGAUGGGAUCGCAGGCCACCACAAACACCAAGCCUGGUGUUCAAGUCGGACCCGGACACAGCGUGUCCAGCGGAAACAGCGGUGGCUGCUGCUAAGGCAGCGAAUAAUGAUACCCUCGUACGAUCAGCAAUCCUCACAUGCAUUUUUGAUUUCCGAUUUCCUGGGACGGACUGGCAGUAAAGGCAUGAUGCAUAUGGUCAGGAUGGCAAGGAGGUGGGAUGUGUUUAACUUUUC